CCGAAACGCCCAACGAUCCCCUCCCGGCCUGCCGCCCGUCCGGACCCGAGCCGGCCUCGCAUUCGGCGCCGCGCCAGUCGCGCCUCCGCCUCCGUCGCCGCCUGCUCCGGCGAGCGGGACCCAGCUCGCCUCUACUCCCCUACUGCGAGGUACACGAUGGAGGGAGCCGGAAGAGAUGCCAACCCUUUGAGCAGUUACCGAAUUGGCAGAACCCUGGGAACUGGAUCGUUCGGUAAAGUGAAGAUCGCGGAACAUAUAUUGACUGGCCAUAAGGUGGCAAUCAAGAUCAUCAAUCGCCUGAAGAUCAGAAGCUUGAAAAUGGAAAAGAAAGUGAAGAGAGAAAUCAAGUUACUGAGAUUAUUGAUGCAUCCUUAUAUCAUACGCCUUUAUGAGGUGGUACAUACACCUGCUGAUAUUUAUGUGGUUAUGGAGUAUGUUAAAAAAGGAGAGUUGUUUGAUUACAUCGUUGAGAAGGGAAGACUACAUGAACAAGAAGCAUGUCGUUUAUUUCAGCAGAUCAUAUCUAGUAAGCUAUAUGUUGGUCCUGAUGUUGAUGUCUGGAGCUGUGGCGUUAUUCUUUAUGCUCUUCUUUGUGGCACUCUCCCAUUUGAUGAUGAGAACAUUCUAGAGCUUUUUUACAAAAUAAAGGGUGGAAUAUAUAUCCUUCCUAGUCAUUUGUCACUUUCAGCGAGGGACUUGAUUUCCCGAAUGCUGGUUGUUGAUCCAAUGAAAAGGAUUACAAUACAUGGAAUCCGUGAACAUGUGUGGUUUAAGAUUCAACUUCCACGCUAUUUGGCUGUGCCGCCUCCAGACACAGCACAACAAGUUAAAAAGCUCAGCGAGGAAACUCUUAAUGAUGUUCUUAAUAUGGGUUUUGACAAGAAUCUGCUAAUUGAAUCUCUGCAAAACAGAUUGCAGAAUGAGGCAACAGUUGCCUAUUAUUUACUAUUGGAUGAUAGGCUUUGUACAACAAGUGGUUAUCUUGGAUCUGAUUUUCAAGAAUCUAUGGAUUCAUCUUUCUCUCAAGUAAUCACUGAAACACCAACUUCAGCAACCGAACUUCAGCAGCAUGUGUUUACAGAGGGCACAUUUGGAUGCCUCCCUCUGCCUUGCUUUGCUUGGCUCAGCAUCAAGAUACACCGUUUGGUUGGUUUGCUUCCAGUCUCGGUUCUUGCACUUUCCAGAAUUUUCAUUGCCAGCCCAAGCGACCUGAAACCGCUCUCAGCAGCUGGUAAGCCUGGUCUUGCUGAGCGAGGCGAGGCAAGCUGGCCACAUAAACCAACCAAACGUGCCUAGAAUCUCCAGGGUCCAGCUUGAGGCAGCAUUUUGCAGUUGAAAGGAAAUGGGCCCUUGGUCUUCAGGCAAUUUUCACGUUAAGUAAUAACAUCUUAUGAUAUUUUCCCUGAAUUAUUCUGAUUCAUUUAUCCGUAAUUGUCUAGCAGUCUCAGGCACAUCCAUUAGAAAUAAUAGUAGAAAUGCUUAAAGCUCUGUAAGAAUUGAAUAUUAACUAGAAAAGGAUUGGACACUACAACAUGAAAUGAGAUGGGAGUC